ACAGAGGCCAGUGACUGGCACUCACUUUCCAUCAACUGUGACGAAUUAGAGAAGGAAACAGAGAAGAGUCGCUGGUGGAGCCGAGGACACGGAUCUAUAUCUGCUGCCAUCAUGUCAAAAGUUUUUAAGAAGACCAGUGGGAAUGGAAACAUCGCCUUGUACUUGGGGAGGAGAGACUUUGUGGACCAUGUGGAUUCUGUCGACAUAGUUGAUGGGAUAGUUAAGGUGGACCCCUCUGGUCUUGAUGGCAGAAAAGUAUUUGUCUACCUCGCCUGUGCUUUCCGCUAUGGAAGUGAAGAUCUGGACGUUAUCGGACUGUCCUUCAGGAGAGACAUCUGGAUGAAGAAGGUUCAGGUCUACCCACCAACAAAUGGAACCUCGACCAAGACGCCAAUGCAGGAGUCCCUGCUGAGAAAAGUUGGCGAGCAGGGGUGUCCCUUUUCUUUCCAGAUGCCCACAAAUCUCCCAUGCUCCGUGUCUUUACACCCAGGGCCGAGUGAUAGCGGCAAGGCCUGCGGAGUGGAUUUUGAGGUCAAAGCAUACAUUGCCAAGGAAGCUAGCAAUCCGGAUGAAGUCAUUGAAAAAAAGGAUACUUGCCGCUUGAUGAUUCGUAAAAUACAGUUCGCACCGACCAACAAAGCCGGACCAAAGGCCGAGAUCUCCAAACAGUUUAUGAUGAGCGACAAACCGAUUCACUUGGAGGCCUCUCUGGAAAAAGAGAUUUACUACCAUGGAGACCCGAUCACUGUGCUUGUGAAAAUCAACAAUGAGACCUCUAAGACUAUAAAGAAAGUCAAAUUGUCUGUGGAUCAGAUAGCAAGUGUUGUCCUCUACUCGUCGGACACCUACACCAAGGAGGUCUGCGCCGAGGAGUUUGCAGAAAAUAUAACUGCAAACUCUACAUUUGAGAAGUCCUUUCAAAUUACCCCCUUGCUGUCCAACAACAAGGAGAAGCGAGGGCUUGCCGUAGAUGGGAAGCUGAAAGACGAGGACACCAACUUGGCAUCCACGACGCUGAGUCAAGCAGAUAAGGAGAUGCAGGGAAUCAUCAUCCACUACAAAGUCAAAGUUACUGUAACGGCAUCUGGGGGCGGCCUGCUGGGCGGCCUGACAGGAAGUGAUGUUGUCGUGGAGCUUCCUUUAACUCUGAUGUCCCCAAAGCCUGCAGAAGUAACGGAUGUCUCAGUUGAUGCUGUGGAGGCAUAAAAAGAAGGAAAAUCAACAGGGAAAACCAAGGAACUCAUCACCAAUGAAGAACACGCACACAGCACAGUUUCAUGGAAGCGCAACAACGUUCCUAUUUUCCAUGUACAUAUAUUAUUUUUUACUGUAAAUUACAGUCAAGGCUCAGUUAUGGAACAACUAUGUGUAACUUUUUUUUUUCUGAAAGUCAUUAUAUCUACAAUGUACCAGGCAAUUGUCAAACGUCCCUUAGUUUAGAGGAGGCCUUUCAGCAAAUUCUAUAAACUGAAAAUGCAGAGCUUAAUUUGUUAUUAAUGUGGAUUUUGUGUCAUUAGAGAAAUUAAUAAACUUGCCUGUGUGGGAUGAAUGUUUUCGCAAUACUUAAUACUCUCUAAAGACAAAUAAAUAAAUACAGUCACCCUCCGAAAA